GGAACGGCAGGAACACCGGGAACACCGGGGUCGGCGGGAGCACCGGGAACGGCGGGCUCGGCGGGACGGGGGCCGGGGGGCUCCGGCCAUGCGCUACAACGAGCGCGAGCUGCUGUCCCUGGCCCGGCAGCCCGCGGAGAAGGCGGCCGAGAUCCGCAUGAGCGUGCCCAAGAAAGGCAGCGUGCUGAAGAAGCGCCUGGUGAAGCUCGUGGUGAACUUUCUCUUCUACUUCAGGACAGACGAGGCCGAGCCCAUUGGAGCUCUGCUGCUGGAGCACUGCAGGAUCACCAAAGAGGAGGAGAACGUCUUCUCCAUCAGUUUCAUCGAGGAGCCAGAGAGGAAAUACUGCUUCGAGUGUGCCAGUGAGGAGCAGUGCCAGGAGUGGGUCGAGGCCCUCAAACGAGCCAGCUACGAGUUCCUGAGGAGGAGCCUGAUCUUCUACCGGAAUGAGAUCCAGAAGAUGACGGGGAAGGACCCCCUGGAGCAGUAUGGGAUCUCGGAGGAAGCCCGUUUCCAGCUGGGAAAACGCCAGCAGGAAUUCCCUCACCUGGGCUGAACUGGCUCCUGAGUCCUGAGCAGGCUCCCCAGGGCCACCCCAACCCCUGGGAAGGACAGCAGAGCCCCACAGUGACCAAGGGACUCUUUUAUUUAUUACCUAAAUCAUUUUUUAUUCUUUUUUUUUUUAAGGGAAUUCCUUGUACAUUCCCUUGUACACUCCAGCUGUGGAGGCUGAACUGCUCCCUUGGGGUGGGAGCAGAACCCCCUGGCCCCUGGGAUGACAGAGCUCCCAGCAUCUGAUGUCCUCCAGGGCCUGGAGCUGCUGGAGCUCCAGCCCUUCUCCUGCUCCUCCCUGUCCCUCUCCUGAAGGAGCUGCUGGGCUUUCCUGGCUCAGGAUCUUCCCUCAGUCUCCAGGGAGCCCCUGGGGCUGUAAGAGGAUGCUGUGAUCACAUCUCUGUGCUCCAGGGUUAACCCCCUCCUGUCCUGGCCUCUCCUGCUCCUGCAGAGCCAUUCUGGGGGCUGAUGGCUGAGCUGGUGAGCAGGGAGGACUGGGAAUGCUCCCAGUAACACUGGGA